CUUUGCACUGACGCAGAGUGAAGAACCUCAGAAUUGCACUACACGCCAUUUAACUCAGCUACAACUUCGUUAGCAGUAAAGCAUCUCCGCCACCACCGAGACCUCGAGUGCUGUUUUUUCCCCUCGCUGCCUGUCGCUCCCACCUCCGCGCCUGGAACCCGGUGCUCAGCAGUAGAUCUAACUCACCGUCCAUCCUGCUGGACCACUCCCCACCAUGUUUCAGCGUCUCACCAGCCUCUUCUUCAGUGACAGCAACACGCCAGAAGGCCUGGAGGAGCCCAAGCCCUUUGUUGAGGAGGAGGAGGAGGAGGAUGGCUGGCUCAUAAUUGAUCUUGCAGAAGGGCCCAGCCCAGGUGGCGUGGGGAGCAGCCCCAUGGAGGACCUGCUCAUUGAGCACCCCAGCAUGUCCGUCUAUGUCACCAGCACCCUCGAGGUGGAUGGGGAGGGCCCCGAGGAUGAUGCUCACGGGGAGGUGCCAGAGCCCCGGCUGGAGCGGCACGUGCCGCACCACAGCAGGCCCCUCUCGUUGAAGGCUGCCAUCUUGGAGAAGGUGGGGCAGGCGCGGGGCGUUGACCACAGGAGCAGGCUGCCCAGCAAGGCCGAGGAGUCUCCACCCUUGGAGAUACCCAAAGUGUGGCCUAACAAGUGCCAGGAAAAGGGGAACAAUCACUUCCCCUACCCGCUGGCUGCCCUCCCGCUGGCACUGGCCAAGUGA